CAUCGCCCUGCACAUCGCCCUGCCUGCUGUCCUGCCGUCCAUCACAGCCAUGCUGUCUCCUUUGCGUCCGUGUCGGCGGGCCAUGACGAUUCUCCAUGCACGCCUGUCCCGGCCCAUGUCCCCGCUCUCGACUCUUCCUGACGGGCCAGGGCUGGCCGACUUUAUCGUUUCGUCCGCACCGCCUCGCAAGGAUCCUCCCGCCAGCAACUCGAUUGAGCUCCUGGGACUCUCGCUCGAUGAAAUCCGGCAGAUCAUCAUCGAGAAGGCGCCAAAACUCCUUGCCAACAAGAGCUACCUGCCUCAGCAGAUCGUCGAUGCUGUUUACAGACAAGGAGUAUGCCAGUUCGACGGCAUAACGACGCUAUCCAAGCCAACCCGCGAAGCGCUCUCGCAAAUCUUCCACAUCGACCACAUGGACAUGCACAAGCAGCUGGUGUCCACUGACGGCACUACCAAAUGGCUGCUUGGAUACGGCACCGCCGCGAACGUCGAGGCUGUCUUCAUUCCAAAGCCCCAACCCGACACCCCAGCGGAAGAAGUCUCGGGAACUGUGUGCAUCAGCUCGCAGGUCGGCUGCUCGUUGUCGUGCAGCUUCUGCCACACCGGGACCCAGAAGCUGCUCCGGAACCUGACGGCCGGAGAGAUUCUCUCGCAAGUGAUGCACUCCAUGAGGCAGAUUGGCGACUAUCCCCUCGCACGAGCCAAGGCCCGGCAGAUCAGUAACAUCGUUUUGAUGGGUCAAGGCGAGCCUCUCUACAACUUCCGGGCAGUCUCCAAGGCCGUCAAGCUGAUGCAGAGCCAGCUGCGGUUCACCCCCUGGCGCAUCACGCUCUCGACCAGCGGUGUCGUGCCGCUCAUGGGCAGGAUCUCGGAAGACUUGCAGUGUGGCCUGGCGGUCUCUCUUCACGCCGUCACCGACGAGCUGCGGGAUGUGCUUGUGCCGAUCAACAAAACCUACAACAUCACCGACCUCAUGAGGGGAUGCAACGCGUACCUCGGCGGAAUGAAGCAGAACAAGCAUCGCCGGAUCACAUUCGAAUACGUCAUGCUCGACGGUGUCAACGACUCCCCCAGCGAAGCCCGACAGCUGGCCCGAUUGAUUUCCGCAUUGCCGGCGCAUGUGAAUCUGCUGCCGUUCAAUCCAUGGCCGGGCUCGAUCUAUCGCACCAGCCCCGACAGGAGGGUCAUCGAGUUUGCCGAGAUCAUUCGGUCCAAGGGCAUCCACUGCAACAUUCGAACACCCCGCGGGCGGGACAUCAUGGCUGCUUGCGGUCAACUCCGCAGCUCCGAGGAACUGAAGGCGCGAGCCAAGGAAUAACUGGACAAGUCUCAACGCAGCGUGGCUCGAUAGAACACUGGUGCUGUCGUGGUCGAUACCCAUUUUACGUCAGCAGCCUUCGAAGGUGUUCGCUGGCCCCAAAGCGACACGCUCUUCACAUGGCAAUAUAGAGCCAAAG